CCAACCAACCUCUCCCUAGGGCUUUAUAAAUGUGUUAUGGCCUUCUACUUCUUCACUGAACAAACACCAGAGAAAGUAAUAUGAACAGUCAUCAAACCACGCAGAUGUUGAAGCAACUAGAGCCAUGGUGCGAGCUUAAAGACAAAGUGGUUCUUCUGACCGGAGCUUCUUCUGGUAUAGGAAGAGAAGUCUGUCUUGAUCUGGGCAAAGCUGGCUGUAAGAUUAUCGCAGCAGCUCGCCGUGUCGACCGUCUCGAAUCUCUUUGCUCUGAAAUCAACAGCUUAAGUUCAACCGGGAUCCAAUUAGCCGCACCGAUCGAGCUAGACGUUUCAUCAGACGCAGCCACCAUUCAAAAAGCGGUCAAACAAGCUUGGGACAUCUUCGGAAAGAUAGAUGUGUUGAUCAACAACGCUGGAAUCAGAGGCAAUGUCAAGACGAGUUUAGAUCUGACUGAAGACGAGUGGAACACAGUCUUCAGAACCAACUUAACCGGACCUUGGUUAGUAUCCAAAUACGUCUGCAGUCUAAUGCGUGACUCAAAACGCGGCGGCUCGGUGAUAAACGUCUCGUCCAUCUCCGGUCUCCACCGAGGUUUGUUUUUCGGUGGAGUCGCCUAUGCUUGUUCCAAAGGCGGUGUUGACACCAUGACGAGGAUGAUGGCUAUUGAGUUAGGUGUAUACAACAUCAGAGUGAACUCAAUCGCACCGGGGCUUCUUAAGUCAGAGAUCACGCAAGGUCUUAUGCAAAAAGAAUGGCUAAAGAACGUGACCGAUAGGAUUAUACCGUUAAAGGUGCAACAGACCGUGGAUCCGGGAAUUACCUCGCUGGUUCGCUAUCUCAUUCAUGACUCUUCUCGAUAUGUCUCAGGAAAUAUAUACAUUCUUGACUCUGGAACUACAUUACCUGGCCUGCCCAUUUUUUCUUCUCUUUGAGCCUCAAAGCCCGUGUGUUGUAAUAAAAACAAUUAGAGCUUGAUACAUGCACCAAUGCAGAUGUUGUGUUUUACCCUUUUUUAUAAAUUGUUUAAUGACAUUUAUAAAAUAUAUAUGUCAUUUGGAUAAUUUUAGGUUCUAACACAUUAUAACUGAAUUCAUCCUACUCGAAUUCCGCCCAUAAAUUUAUAGUAUUUUUAAACAGAAUCUAAUUUAAAACCAAAAAAUUCUUAUACCUGAAAGAACUGAUUCCUAUCUGAACAAAUACCUAAAUAUACAUGCAUAUCUGAUUCUGUAAACAAAUAAAAAAUUCUUUGUAAAUAUAUUUGAGUUCUUGUCAAUGGAACAACCAAUCAAUCUAUACUAUAUAAAAGUUGAGGCUAUAAGCCAUUGAGGGUGUCCACGUAGGAUGUUAAACGAUCAAUCGUAGUAUGACAAAUCAUUAUUUAAGUUUACUAUUUUGAAAAAUGUUAAUAUUACAAAAAAAAAUCAUUUAUUUCAAACUAAAAUAUAAAUCAAUAUCAAAUAAGGUAAAUCAAUAAAAAUAUAAAUACUAUAUUAAGUUAACAAAAUGUUUAAUUAUUUUUUCGAAAAUUAAAAAAAUAAAUAACCAAAAGAAUAAUUAAUAAGUUUGCUAUUUUCGAAAAUGCCAAUAUUUCCUAAAAUCGUUUAUGAUAAAUCAUUUUUAAAAAUAUGUUAAUGUUUGCAAAAAAAUAUUUUAUCAAAAAAAUAAAUAUUAUCUAAUAAAGUAGGCUAAUAAAAUAUAUGAUUUCCAAAUUUAUGAUUUUUUUGUCAGCUUUUGUUUGGCCAGCUUUCCAAAUUUAUGUAUAUUGACAUAAAAUAGAAGUUUUAAUAUUUAAAGUCGAAAUAUAAUUAUUAGAUUUAAAAUUCAAAAAUUUUAAAAGUCAAAAAAGUAUCCUUAAAUACUAUAUUACCUUUAUAUAUUUUAAAAAUGUCAUAACAUAAAUGUAAUCAUAUUUAGUUAAGUAACAUAAUAAUUCAAUAAUAGCUAUUACAUAUAUAUAUGUAAGGGAAUUUUUCAUAUUUACCACGUUGUUGGUACUAUUAUUUAUGUUUACAUUCACUAAAGAGAUAUUUUCAAAAAUAUUUUACUCAUUAAGAAGUAAAAGACAUUUAUACACUUGCUAUAUAUAUAUAAUAAAUAAUUAUUUAAAUAAAAAAGUAAAAUUUUAUUAUGUUUCCGAAUUAUAUUUUUUCAAAUUCGAACUUUGUUAUAAAUUUCUUUUUGGAUUUUUUUAAUUUUAUUUUUGAAGUUCGAAAAUUAUUUUUGAAACCAUUUAAGAAAAAAACUUAUUAGUUUUUAAGUAUUUAUUUAUAUAUUUAUUAGAAUCUUAAAUUCUAUAUUCCAAAAACUCUGCCACACCCCUCAACUUUAAAGGAACAUUGCCACAAAUAUCACAUUCAUAGUACUACUUUUCAUGUUUACACUAAUCAUUUUUAUCGUUACUUUUAAUUAAGGGUAAAAUUCAUUUAUACCCUAGGGUUAACUAAUCUAGACUUAGAGUUUAGAGUCGAAGAAUGUAAUAAGAUUUUUAGAAUGUGAAAUUUAGGAUUCUAAUAAAUUUAUAAAUACUUAAAAAAUAUAAAAAAAUUUUAAAAAUAGUUUCAAAAAUAAUUUUUGAUUUUCAAAAAAAAAAUAUUUGGAAAAAAAAGUUCAAAUUUUUUUUUCAAAUUUUUUUUUAAAGUUCGAAUUGGAAAAAGCAGAAUUCAAAAACAUAAAUUUUUUUAUUUAAAUGAUUAUUUAUUAUAUAUAUAGAGAGCAAUGAUAUAAGAGUGUUUUGCCACUUUAUGAAGAAGAUAUUUUUGAAAAUGUUUCUUUAAUGGUGGUAAAAAAGAAUAAUGGUAGCAUGAAAGUGGUAAAUAUGAAAUUACUCCAACUUUGAAUCUAAAGUCUUGAUUAGUUUACCCUAGGAUUAUAAGUGUUUUUUUCCUCUUUGAAAGUGAAGGUAAAGAUGGUUAAGGUAAACAUGAAAAUGGUAUUAUGAACGUAGUUGUAACGUUCCGACCGUUCACGGCUAAUGGACCACCCACUCCCACUCACUCGGCCCAUGGUCUCAUCCCUUCUGACAGGCGGUGCGUUAAUUUUCCAUGGCCCGAAAAUCUUGUUUACUGACCAUGCAAUUACCACAUGACCUUUCUGCGUGCUUUGACCUCACUCACACGAUAUUGCGAAUCACUUCCUGAUGGGUCACACAUCCUUCCACUACUUUAGCUCAAGUACACUUAACUCUAGAGUUCUAAAUGGAUGUAUGACGGAAAAGGUUUAAUUAUUUUUCGAAAAUUAAAAAAAUAAAUAACCAAAAGAAUAAUUAAUAAGUUUGCUAUUUUCGAAAAUGCCAAUAUUUC